UAGCUACCGCAACCAUGGUAUUGUGGGCUCUACAAAUGGACGGGCCGGCACGAAGCAUGUACCAAAUAGCAUUGGACGUGCUGGUGCAUCAGGCCAGCCAUCGACCAAAAGGCUGACGCCCGUGCCCGGUUUCUACGCUCUGGAACGGUCAUUUGCAAGACCUCAAGCCCCCCAUGUCAUCCUCCGAACCCUCCAUCUUGAAUGCCGAGAGACUGUUUCCUAACCAGGAAACCAGCUCGGAACGGAUCGCAGCCCUAUCCUUACUGGAUGCCAUUACGGUCAACUUCUCGGAUACGUGCGCGGUUUGGCUCUUCGAACGCCCUGAGCCGAAAACCCAGUUCGAUCUAGUGAACCACCUGCGUCAGUCCCUCGGGGUCACGCUGGACGCCUAUCCACAGUGGUGUGGGUUAGUCAAGGCUAUCAACACGGUAAACGGUCCUCCUGCCACCGGUGAGGAUCAGCUGGCACCUCAUGCCCGCCGCUUCGGUCGCGUGUAUGUCCAUUAUGGCACGCGCUCCGACCCAGGCGUUGAAUUCGUCACCGCACGUUCCGCUGCGACCCUCGAUGAGCUUCAUCCGUCCUCGCGCCCGAGUGCGCAGCCUCUCUGGAACCAGGAGGAGGUGACUUUGUCACAGUUUGUCCCUACAACUCCAUUAGCGAACCCGGCCAACGUCAGCGAUGUCGACAUUCUCCCUCCGAACAUGGCCAUCCAGGUCACGGAACUGGCCUGCGGAGGGUUUGUCUUGGCGGUCAAGAUCGCCCAUACUCUCGCGGACGCGAGCGCAAUGAUCUCUUUCGUCAAGGACUGGGCGAACGUGAGUCGUUCGGUGUCACAGGGCGAGGCUCCGCCAGUCCUGAACCCCGUGUUCGAGCCCGAACGAUUGGAUAACGCAGCCGCAGGUGAUAUCAACGCCGCCUUGCCGGAAGAGUCGAUCAUCCAGCAGACGGAAAGCUUGCCGUUUCAUCGCUAUGACUGGUGGAACGUGCCAGCUGAUUCUCCCAGGAAGAAGCAGAUCCCUAGCAUAUUCCGAAACCAAGAGCUCCCCCCUGCGGGGAAGCAAAUACCGUGGUCGGAAUGGGACACGAACGCGCCGGUGUCCCAUUACAUCGUGCACCUGAGUCAGGAUCAGGUCGAGGCCAUCUGGAAACAAGCCAGCAACGCGUCCUCCGCGGACGCCAAAGACAGCCGACUCAGUCGGCACGAUGCCGUGCUGGCCCAUAUAUGGGCGAGCAUCAACCGGGCCCGGAACAUGCAGCAGGACCCCGGGCCGGUCCACUGCGACCUGACGUACGGGUGCCGACCAGCGUUUCAGCUGGGUGAUGCCUUUAUGGGGUCGCUUGCCGUGAUGGUCAAUGUGGAGAUGACUGGGGCGGACGUGACGACGACGGCACAGUCGGACGGCAAGGAAACCGCCGUCCUUCCGCCCAUCGCCCAGCGCAUCCGCCAGACUCUCUCCCGAGUACGCGAUCCGGUUCUCUUGGCGGCCCAUCUCCACCGUCUGGCCUACGAAGUGUCCCCGCAGCGCAUCUGGCAGGGCUUUCUCGGAAGUCGUCACGUUAUGACCACAACGUGGGCGCGCGCAGGGCUGUACGAGGUGGAUUUCGGAUUGGGUCCGCAUCCAACGGCUCGCUACGCGGACGGCAUUCUGUCCAAUCUCGACGGGCUCGUCUUAAUUAAAGAGGCGCCGCCCGGUCGGCGAUCGGAGGCCACCGGCAAAGCUUCGCCGACGUGGACGCAGCAUGGCGUGGAUGUACAGCUUCAUGUGCGAACAGAGGAUAUGGAGCGGUUAUUGCUAGAUCCAUUGCUAUUACCGCAUCAACAUGAAUAGUCCCUCUACAGAAUGCAUACAGCGAAUAAUACCCCGAAGAACCAGUUCAAAGAAGAUGCAGGACGGAGUACCCCAAUACAAUCCCCUAUAACCCCCCUACCUAUACCUCAACCCCUAUCUCUCUAUCCCCGAACUCUCCCCCCCUAACUGCACCUAUACUUAUAUAACUGAUAACCUAUAACAUAUACCCUAUACCAAUCCUACUAAGAAUCCAC